GUUGAAAAGCAGACUACACAUUGUGUGCACUGUUAUGUUUAUAAUUUGCUUGUAGUGCGGAACCUAUUUAUUGGUAGUUUUUCCGAGUUUGUUAAUUUUUAAUUUCGUAUUUUAAAAUCAGUGAUUAAGUUAUUUUUACUAGAUUUUUAUUAAUUAUAUUUAUAAAAUCGUCAUUUUGGAAUACUGUUAAAGAAAUAUAUCAGUGGGUGAAAAAGGUUAGGAAACCUGAAGGUUGUAUUUUAAACAUGGUAAAAAUAUUUAUAAUUAUAAAUUAAAUUGUAACAAGUUCACUGUAAAAUUGUAAGUGAAAAAAUUAUAAUAAAUUAACUUAUAUUUAAUUAAAAUGAGCGAGGAAACUGGAAGUAUUGGUAAUGUCGCUGGAGCAGUCAUUGUAAAGGCAAAGCCUGAGAGAAAAGUUUUUAGACCCAUUAAGACUAUCAGUAAGAUUCCUGAUGAACUUAUUAAUAAUGCAGAACUUAAUGCAGCUCUGAGGUUUCUACCAUCAAAUUAUAACUUUGAAGUUCACAAAACCAUUUGGCGAAUAAAGCAAAAUAAAUGUAAGAGAGUAGCCUUGCAAAUGCCUGAAGGAUUGCUUAUGUAUUCAGUUACUUUAUGUGAUGUAAUUGAAAAAUUUACAGAUGCAGACACGGUUAUUAUGGGUGAUGUAACUUAUGGUGCAUGUUGUGUUGAUGAUUUCACUGCUAAAGCAUUAGGAGCUGAUUUGCUUGUACAUUAUGGGCAUAGUUGUUUAAUACCCAUAGAUCGAACCUCAGGCAUUACAGUGCUCUAUAUAUUUGUUGAUAUAAAAAUUGACCCACUCCACUUUAUAGAAACAGUUAAAGCCAAUUUUCCCAAUACAACCAAGCUAGGUUUUGUCAGUACAAUACAGUUUGUAACAACACUCCAGACAUCAGCCAACGAACUUCGCAAAGAUGGAUAUUCAAUAACUAUUCCUCAGAGCCGGCCUCUUUCACCUGGAGAGAUUUUAGGAUGCACUGCCCCUACAUUCAUUGAUGUUGAUUGUCUCCUUUACUUAGGCGAUGGAAGAUUUCAUCUAGAAGCUGCAAUGAUUGCUAAUCCCAAAAUGAAGUACUACAGAUAUGAUCCGUAUGCCAAGGAGUUAACUGAAGAGAUGUAUGACCAUGAAGCGAUGAAGAACAAUCGAGAAAUGGCUGUGAGAAAGGCAAGUGAGGAAGGCAGGUUCGGUCUCAUCCUUGGUACCUUAGGACGACAGGGGAGCACUAAGGUCCUGACCAAUCUAAAGGAGCGACUUGAAGCGGCAUCAAAGGAAAGUGUAAUAAUUUUACUGUCCGAGAUCUUUCCCAGUAAACUGGAGUUGUUUCAAGACGUCGGAGCUUUUAUACAAGUGGCUUGUCCUCGUCUGUCGAUAGACUGGGGCACUGCAUUUCCGAAGCCACUGCUGACACCCUACGAGGCUGCUGUCGUACUCAAGAACACGGAGUGGAGACAGAACUACCCGAUGGACUUCUACGCAGCUGGAAGUCUCGGUCCUUGGACCCCCAACCACAAGCCAGAGGGUUGUUGUGGCAAGGAAUGUCACAAGGAUAAAUAAAUGUUUAUUUUGUA